AUGGAUAUACAAUUUGAUUAGCUAAUUUCAACAUCAAUUAAACGUCUAACAAGACCUAAAUUUAAACACGAAUUUACUACUUUCUACGAUUAAAAAUAGUUCUAAGCUAUACCACUAAUAGGCUAGCAACUCGAUGAGUAACUUCAUGAAGCUAACUAGGAAAUGAUGAAUUCAAAUGAUAUCACUUGUGAUGGGAUUGAUAUUGAUUCUGCCAUUAACUACAAUCCAUCAUUUGGCAAAAUAUGCACCGGUGAACAGUUUAGAGUUCUAUUCACAUUGAUGAAUACCAAUACUUAGUAUAGCAUAGAAAAUAUAAAAAUGAAAGUUGUAGUUUAAAGGCAAAGUCUAAAUCAACAGGCUCCACAAGGCACCUAAAGUAUGACUCAGAAACCUAAGGAAGAAGUUUUAAUGCAUGAAGUUAUCAAAAGUAUUCCUGCUAAAUCUCAGAUAGGGUUUAUAUUCAUGUUCAAAGUAGAUUUUCAGGAUAACUACUUCAUCCUCAUGAAAGUAGUGGAUGUAAAUAAUCAUGUUGUUUCAGGGUUAGAUGAUAACGACAUUGUUUCUAUUUUUAAUGAGUCAAUUGCCUUCAACCCUGGUGAGAUACGACAGUACUUAUUUAUAAUCUAGCAUAAAGAUACUGCACAUAAAAUCAAUAAAUUUGAAAUGUAUCAACUUGGCCAACUUGAAUUAAGAUGGGUUAAUUAUUUUGGGGAUGCUGGACUCUUAAAAAUAGGGCCUUUUAAGUACAAUGCAGAGUAGAAAACCAAAUUUGAGAUAGAUUUAGAUGUGAUUUCUGAUGAUUAGAUUUUAAAACUUGAGGAGCCAAAGACAAUUAUGUUUAGAUUGUAUAAUCUAUCAGCAAAUGUAAUGAAAAUUCAACUCAGUGUUAAAGAAAAAGAAGUGGGGGACUUAUUAAUUUACUUUGGUUUGGAUUUAUUUCCAAAAAGUUGUGGAGUCCAUCCUGUUUGUGGACUUCUUAUUAAAGACCAAGCAAGUGGAAGAGAGUGGAUUUUCAAGAAUGUUGGAGAAUUCCUUGUCGAAUAUGAAUGA